GACGUCAGCGAUGGAAGGCGUUGCAGCGACCGGAGUUGGAGAGAGAGCGAAGGGAAGCAAGAUGGCGGACCUCGAAGACGUUACGCUGGACGGGAGGCCGCUUCAUUCGCUCCGUGUGGCGGAUUUAAAAGCCGCUUUGGAGCAACGCGGCCUCCCUAAAAGCGGGCAAAAGAAUGCCCUAAUCAAGCGACUCAAGGGGGCUCUGAUGCUGGAAAACCUACAGAGAACCUCCACUGCUCACAUCGGACUGCAGCCAAACUCCCAGAUCGGGGAGGAGAUGAGUCAGAACAGCUUCAUCAAGCAGUACCUGGCCAAGCAGCAGGAGCUCCUCAGGCAGCGACUGGAGAGAGAGGCGCGGGAGGCGGCUGAAGCAGAUGACAUGGACAGCCCCGUAGGCCCAGACCAGGAGGACCAUGCUGAAGCUAAUGAUGGAGCUUCCUUUCCUCAACCAGGCCAGGAAGUCUCUCCUGUUGUGGGGAUCCAGAACAAGCGACGCCCUUUUGACCAGAGGGAGGAAAAGGAAGAAGGGGAGAAGGUUUGGGGAAGAACGGACAAGACAGGCGAGGAAGACGGGGCCGGGGAGACUGAGGCGGCGGCGGCGGCGGCGGAGCAGGCCUCGCCCUUCUCCCAGCCGAACACUCGCAGAGCGCCGUUCUAUCAGGGCCCGGCUGCGCAGGCGGCGGGCGACGCCCCCGCCGCGGAGCCCGAGCCCCAGGGGGCCCCGGGCAUCCGGGGCCGGUGGUCCUCCGGCCGGCAGAGCCAGGACGACCCCGCCCCCUCCUCGCCCUCGGCACCGCCCCGCGCCGUGGCCUCCCUCUCUGUGCGCGUGGUCGGGGACCCCGAGAGGCAGGGCCCGACCCAGCCCCGCCCGGCGGACCCGCCCGUCCCCGCCCACUCCGCCCCGCAGCCCGGCCUGGCCCAGCCCCAGCCCCAGCGGGCCUCGCGCUCCCAGCAGGACAGCGACGAGGACAGCGACGACGACGAGGAAGAGGACGACGAGGAAGAGGAGGAGGACUGGGGGCCGGGGCAAAGGAGGGGGAGCGGGUGGGAGCCCCCCAGCAGCCUGGCGGCUCGGGAGAGGUCCAGACGCGCCCAGCAGCCCUCCCAGCACAUCCCCCUGCAGAUGCCCCCCCACCAACCGCACCCCCACUCCCACCCUCAGCUGUCGCUUCGUCAGCCGACACCCCCGCCCUCCCCUCCUCCAGAGCUCUCCUUCCCCCUGCCCGAGACCCCCAAGCAAAGUCCACCCAGCCUGGAUGAGGCUGAAGGCGUGGCAGGGGCAGGGGCAGGCGGGGUGGGUGCGGUAGGGGUGCGGAGACACCCACCCGAGGGAGGCCGUUCCCCCCCGUCCCUGCAGCGGCAGGACAGCAGCUCCAGCUCCGGCAGCUCCAGCAGCAACAGCCGCAGCAGCAGCCCCGAGCCACACGGGGGCGCCGGCGAGCGCAAGCCCGGCCCGCUCACCCUGCUGGCGCGCAAGAUGGAGUCCGAGGGAGCCUUCGGCGGGGGCCGGAAGAAGGGCCGCGAGGAGCCGGAGGGAGCUGCCAUGGCAACCACCGCCGCCGACGGCCUGGCAGCGGCGCUGUUCCCCGGCGCCCUGCUCCGCGAGGGCGGAGUCUCGACAAUCGCCCACACGGGGGGCCCCGUCCCGGCCCCGCCCGCCUCUGGCCCCGCCCUGCUGGGCAACAAGGGCGCCGCCUCGGCGGCGGUGCCCACCAUCACCUUCAGCGCCGCCCUGGCCGCCUUCCACCCGCUGGACAGGGGGCCCCACUUCCCGGCCUUCGGCCCCGCGGCCGCCCCGGCCAGGGUCGUCAUGGCGACGGCCGAGGACCCCGAGCGGGAGGCGGGCAGAAUGGAUCCGCACGGGGCCGAGGGCCGGGACGCCGCGGAGCUGCUGCUGUCCCGGGAGAGGGAGGAGAGAGAGAGAGCGCUGGAGAGGCAGAGAGAGCAAGAGGAGAGGGAGAAGGCCCUUGAACGAGAGAGGGAGAAAGAAAGAGAGGAGAGAGAGAAGGCUCUGCAGAGAGAAAGGGAGGAGAGGGAGAAAGCCCUUGAACGGGAGAGGGAGAAAGAACGAGAGGAGAGAGAGAAGGCUCUACACAGAGAAAGGGAGGAGAGGGAGAAAGAACGAGUGGAGAGAGAGAAGGCUCUACAGAGAGAAAGGGAGGAGAGGGAGAAAGCCCUUGAACGGGAGAGGGAGAAAGAACGAGUGGAGAGAGAGAAGGCCCUGCAGAGAGAAAGAGAGGAGAGGGAGAAAGCCCUUGAACGAGAGAGGGAGAAAGAACGAGUGGAGAGAGAGAAGGCUCUGCAGAGAGAAAGAGAGGAGAGGGAGAAAGCCCUUGAACGGGAGAGGGAGAAAGAAAGAGAGGAGAGAGAGAAGGCUCUACAGAGAGAAAGGGAGGAGAGGGAGAAAGAACGAGUGGAGAGAGAGAAGGCUCUGCUGAGAGAAAGAGAGGAGAGGGAGAAAGCCCUUGAACGAGAGAGGGAGAAAGAACGAGUGGAGAGAGAGAAUGCUCUUCAGAGAGAAAGAGAGGAGAGGGAGAAAGCCCUUGAACGAGAGAGGGAAAAAGAACGAGAGGAGAGAGAGAAGGCCCUGCAGAGAGAAAGGGAGGAAAAAGAAAAGGCUCUGGAGCGGGAGAGGGAGGAGAAGAUGAUGCUGGAGAAGGAGAGGGAGAGCCGCCUGCCUCCGUGGAAACGGGGCCGCGAAUUUGGGGCUCUCACCUCCUCCGCCACGCCCAUCCCGGGCCUGUCCGCUGUGGCUGGGAACGCCCCUGAGGUGGAGAGGGAGGAGCCUGCCGCAGGCCCGCCCCCGACCCAGACGGCCAGCAAGCCCGCCGAGAGCCAGCCCUCCACCCCCCUGUCCCCCCAGCCCUCCUCCAAGAAGUUCCGCUUCCUGCGGGACACCCCCUUGCCGUCGUCCCCCGCCUCCGCCACCCCGCUCAUCAAGAGGCCCCGCACCUUCUCCGACACGCCCCCCGCGGAGGUCCCGCCCUUACCCGCCUCCUCCCCCAGCAGGCCCGGCCCGGGCGCGGAGGGGGCCGGCGGGGGCGAGCGCGCCGCCGUCCCGGGCGCGGCUCAGAGGGAGGGGCUCCUCCAGACGGGCUCUCUGCCGGCCGCCGGGGGCGAGCACCCGCUCACGGCCACGCCCCAGCCGACGGGCGCCGCCGGGCCGGCCCGCCCCGAGGGCGCGUCCACGGAAGCCGGAGCCCCCGCCGGGGCGUCCCAGCCGGGGGAGGGGCAGCGGGCCGACCCAGGGAAGCCCGAGGAGGAGAGAGCCCGGAAACCGACGCAGGGGGCCGUCACCGGGCCCGUCCUGCCCCCCUCACCGCCUCCCGAGGAGAACGAAUCGGAGAGGGGCCCAGACCGGGAGCGGGCCCCGGCCCGGGACCGGGACGGGCGCUCCUCGCCUUCUAGCGACUCCUCUUCCUCUGAUUCCGACUCUGCCUCAUCUUCCUCACAUUCCUCCGGAUCGUCUUCUUCCUCAGAGGACAAGUCCCACUCUGUUCCCAGAAGCAGGCGGUCUGCCAGCGGUCGGCGCGACUCGGAGGAGGACCCCCCCACAGCCCCGCCCUUCAAGAGGACAGGAGCGCACCUAGGCAAAGCAGGAAGCGGCGCAGCCAAUGAGGGGGAGAGCCACAGCAAGAGGCCGUGCCUGGGGAGAGGAGGAGAGAAACAUGAGGAGAAAAUGGAAGAAGAGAUGGAAGGAGCUGAUGAAAGACAACGCCCCGCCAGGGAGGUGAAGCAGGCAGCCAUGUCGGAGUCGCCGGGCCCUGAGUGUGAUCAGGCCCCAGAGAGCAGUGAGGGCCGCGCGGAGGAGAGCACCACGCCAAAGGCAUUCACUGCCCGCAAGAUCUCCCUGGCCACAGUCACUAAGCCACCCCCAGGGGCCCCGGCGGGCAGCGUAGGGGCGUCGGCGCCCGCACCGGCCCCCCAGGGGGAGGCGGAGCCUGGGGGCCCCGGCGGGCGGAAGCGGAGGUGGGGAUCCAGCACUGCCGUCACUGCCAAGAAGCCCUCCAUUAGCAUCACCACAGACUCCCUGAAGUCUCUGAUCCCGGACGUGAAGCUGGCGGCGGGGCCCGGCGGCCAGGAGGCCGUGGUGGAGCUGCACCCGGAGGAGGGCCGGCUCUCCGAGGACGAGGAGGAGGCCGGCGAGCGGGGCGAGGUCGGCGACCAGGGCCAGGACAAGGACCUGAAGAUCCGCCGCACCGUCACACAGGUCGUCCACGCUGAGACCCAGGAGAACGGGCAGAAAGAACCGAAGAGGGUCGACGAGGAAGAGGAGGAGGAGGAGGAGAGAGAGGCAGAAACAGAGAGGGGGAACAAGGAGGACAAGAACGGCAGCGGCAGCAGCAGCGGUGGCAGCAGCUUGGAGGUCGCCAUGGAGGUUCAGACCCCCUCAGCGUCCCGGGAGGUGGAGCUGAAGAAAGUUACCCCCAGUGACACGCUGGUGCGCCGCUCCAUCAGCCAGCAGAAAUCGGGCGUGUCCGUCACCAUCGACGAUCCCGUCUGCUCCGCCCGACAGCCCUCGCCCCCCCGGGGCAAAAUCACGAACAUCGUCCACGUCUGCAACCUGGUGCGUCCCUUCACUCUGGGCCAGCUGAAGGAGCUGCUGAACCGGACUGGGACCGUGGUGGAGGAGGCGUUCUGGAUCGACAAGAUCAAGUCGCACUGCUACGUCACUUAUUCCACUACGGAGGAGGCCGUGGCCACCCGGGCCGCUCUGCACGGAGUGAAGUGGCCCCAGAGUAACCCCAAAUUCCUCAGCGUGGACUUCUGUGAGCAGGACGAGCUGGAUUUCCACCGGGGGCUCCUGACGGCCGAACGCCCGGGGGAGGAGGAGCGCGGGGGCGGGGGCGGAGGCGGAGGUGGCGGGGCGGCCCCGGCGGGGCCCCCGUCCCUGCUGCCGGAGCGGGAGAGGGGCCCCGGGGGGGGCGUGCGGGACCAGUGGGCGCAGCGGGAGCGGGAGAUGGAGCGCCGCGAGCGGACCCGCGCCGAGCGGGAGUGGGACCGGGACAAGGUGCGCGAUUUCGGCAAGCCCGGGGAGGACCGGGAGGCCGUGGGCCGACGCUCCCGAUCGCGGGACCGGGAGAGGAGGCGCAAGGAGCGGGGCAAGAGCAAGGAGAGGAAGACCGACAAGAAGGAGAAAGCCCCAGAGGAGCCUCCAGCCAAACUGCUGGAUGACCUGUUCUGUAAAACCAAAGCAGCCCCCUGCAUAUACUGGCUCCCCCUCACUGAACAGCAGGCACUGCAGAAGGAGGCGGAGCGUGCCGAGCGGAUGAAGGAGAGGGAGAAGAGGAGGAAGGAGCUGCAGGAGGAGGAGGACCGGAAGAGGGAGGAGGAGCGCAGGGAGCGUGCGAAGGGGAGGGAGAAGGAGGCGGGCGCGGUCGCCGGCGGGGGCGGGGGGGGCAGCGGCACCAGCGCAGGUGCGGUGGGGGCGGGCGGGGGCAGCGGCAGCGGCAGCGGCCGGGGGGCCGACGGAGAGAGGGACAGGGAGAGAGAGAGAGAGAGGGAGCGAGACAGGGACCGGGACAGAGAGAGGGAGCGAGAGAGGGAGCGAGGCCGGGACAGGGACGGGGAUAAGAGGAGGGAGGGGUACCGCAGGCCCGCGGGGCAGGGGGGGGCCAGGCGCUCACGCAGCCGCAGUGACCCCCCACCCCGGGACAGACGCCGCUGAACCGGGGUACGGGGGGGGGGAGGGGAGGGGAGGAGGAGGGGGGCGGGAGGGAGGAGAUAUGAGACUGAACCGGACAGGAUGUAUACACCCCCAAUUCUGAUCACUCUGUUACAGACUGACCAUGUUCAAUGAUUCUCUCUCUCACAUAAACACACACACACACACACACACGCACCUCCACUGACUCUCGCACAGGCACGCGCACACACACUCCCUCUAACAAGUUCACACACCUGAUCGUACGCAGGCUUGCAUGCAGAAUUCCCCAAGCCGGGGUCGUUGCCGUGGCAACGCUCCCAACUGAUGUCUCCCUCUUUCCACGUGGUGACCUCCAAGGAGAGUUAAAAACCACACCCCCCCCAACCCUCCACCCACUCGGUUAGUUGCGAAAAGCCCUCUUUGGCUGGGCCGCUCUGUCACUCAUGCAGAAAGGCAUUGUGAGCCCUCCCCCUCGGGUCCCUUCCAACCGUUGGUGAUUUCUUCGAGAACGCAAACGGUCAUUUCUUUUUUUCAAAUUUCUAAACUGUUUUUGUUUUAAAGUUCACCGAGGUGCCCGGGUCGCAUUUGCUUCUUCUUCUCCGUUUUCAGCUUGAGUGCGUCCGGUUCCCCCCCCCACUCCCCUCUCCCCCCCCACCCAGCCAUGAGCGGCUGGAAGACUAGACCCAAGCCCACCCCCCCCCCCACCCCACCCCUGAUGGGGACUGGCCUCUUCACUGCCUGUGCGUGUAUGGAUCAUCGUUCUCCUUCUCCGGUUCCUCCUGAACCCUCACGUCUUUUCUCCUCUUUAUACACUGCAGGAGUCCCACCCCCCCCAGCCACCCACCCCCUUUCCGCUGUGCCCCGCCCUCGCCCUGCCCUGUCCCGCCAGUGUGUUUUUGCGCGCUCUUUAAAAAUCAGACCGAUCUAUUUCUCUGAGCAAGGUGGGAAUGGGAGGGGGGGGGGGAAACGAGACUGGGGGUGGUCGAGUCUAAUAUUCAUAGAACGAAAGACUGUUUUAAUAUUGUUUUUUUUUAUCUUAUAAUUUUAGUACAAAAACUAAUUUUGUUUUUCUCUUGCUUUUUUUUCCUGUAAGUGCUGAAUGUACAAAGAAUAAAAAGGUAAAGUUUA